GUCCGGCUGAGGGGCCCUCGGCGCGGGAGGCCCGGGGCUCCCUGCGUGGGGAACGGCUAGCUAGCCGGACUGGAGGGGCGGAGGCCCGGGGUCUGGUCCCCGCGCCGCUGGUCUUCUGAGCUGUGUGGCUUUGCGACACAUUCGCCCUCGCUGGCCCUUUGUGUGAUGAAAAUAACCAUCCCUGCCCGCCAUCCUUUUGGUAGCACUUGUGAAAUCAGCUGGGUUCAUUUGCGAGGGGGCAGGGCGGAUACAUCCUAAGCCAAAUCGGCGGACUCAUCUGAAGAGGUGUUCAAAGCGACGUUCGGGGGGGCCGCAUUCACAGUAGACAAAAUGAAUGGGAUCUCUGGGGGUGGCGCCCUGAAAUACCUUUAUUUUGGUGAGACUCUCCCACUCCCCGAUAGAGCAAGCACUGGAAGGUUCUUCAUCUUCCACAAUGGGUGAACCACAGCAAGUGAGUGCACUUCCGCCACCUCCAAUGCAGUACAUCAAGGAAUAUACAGAUGAAAACAUUCAGGAAGGCUUAGCUCCCAAGCCUCCCCCUCCAAUAAAAGACAGUUAUAUGAUGUUUGGCAACCAGUUCCAAUGUGAUGAUCUUAUCAUCCGCCCUUUGGAAAGUCAGGGCAUUGAACGGCUUCAUCCUAUGCAGUUUGAUCACAAGAAAGAACUGAGAAAACUCAAUAUGUCUAUCCUUAUUAAUUUCUUGGACCUUUUAGAUAUAUUGAUAAGGAGCCCUGGGAGUAUAAAACGAGAAGAGAAACUAGAAGAUCUUAAGCUGCUUUUUGUACAUGUGCAUCAUCUUAUAAAUGAAUACCGACCCCACCAAGCAAGGGAGACCUUGAGAGUCAUGAUGGAGGUCCAGAAACGUCAGCGGCUUGAAACAGCUGAGAGGUUUCAGAAGCACCUGGAACGAGUAAUUGAGAUGAUUCAAAAUUGCUUGGCUUCUUUGCCUGAUGAUUUGCCCCAUUCAGAAGCAGGGAUGAGAGUAAAAACUGAACCCAUGGAUGCUGAUGAUAGCAACAAUUGUACUGGACAGAAUGAACAACACAGAGAAAAUUCAGGUCAUAGGAGAGACCAGAUUAUAGAGAAAGAUGCUGCCUUGUGUGUUCUAAUUGAUGAAAUGAAUGAAAGACCAUGAAGGAUGUCUCUUUCCUCUUGUCUUUUUUUCUUUUUAGUACAUAGCUCAUAUGUAUUAAAAGUUAUAUAUUAUUAAAAGUUAAAAAUUAAUUUUUUGGACAGUCUUAAGAGAGGUAUAACUAAAAAUGUAAAUGACUUUAAUCUUUACUCUCCAACUUCUUCAAUUAUGAGAUGUCAUAGGCAGUAAUUUUGGUGUAUAACAAGCAUGGCAAAUGAGUACUACUACAUUAAGAGUAAUCACUUUACAAAGCAAAGUAUGUAUGUGCUGCUAUUGUGUGAGACAUUCCUAUUUUUUGGAGUUGCAGUAAAACUUUGAAGAUAACCUCAA